AUGUCAGAACAACAGGUCGGAUUCAAUCAGCAGAACUUGGCAAAUUCGUUGCUUAAGGUGUAUCGGUCCAACCGAUCCAUCCUUUUAAACACAUCAUACAUCAUACUUAUGGCAACCGCUUUUGCCGGGGCCACCUCAACUACAUCAGCCAGCAAGUCUACCGAGGAGGAAGAAAAAGAAGAAGCCAACAUGGGUGAACCAACGAAGAAGAAACAUCCUAAACUUUCCAAGCGAUCAUUGAAACGUCUUGCAAAAGCCAUUGUUCCUACGUUAACUGAUAAAACUAUCUUGUACUUGUCAGGACACAUGGUAUUAUUGGUCAUUCGAGCUAUUCUUAGUAUUAAAGUUGCCAACUUGGAUGGUCAGUUGGUGGGAGCCUUGGUUUCCAGAAGACUCAAGGUGUUUUCCAAAUUGUUGUUAUACUGGAUGUUGAUCGGAGUGCCUGCCUCAUUGACCAAUGCUCUUUUAACCUGGUCAAAACAAAAGUUGAGACGUGCCAUCAGAAUUAACAUUAAUAAAGAUAUAAUCGACAACUACCUUCCUGACAACUUGGAUGCAAACUAUUACUCCUUGAUUCAUUUAACUGGGAAUAAAAUAAGAGACCCCAAUCAAAGAAUCACCACCGAUGUGUCCAGAUUAAGUGAUGAUUUAUCCAGUUUACCUGGUCAAUUGUUAAAACCCACCCUUGAUUUAAUCCUCUGUGCUCGAGAAUUAAGCAGAAGUGGGGUUGGAAACGGUGAAGGAACAUUAGCACUUGGAAUGUUGGCCCAUUUCUCUACUAUCGUGCUUAGAUUGUUUGCCCCGCCUUUUGCUAAACUAGCAGCAGAAAGAGCCCAUUUAGAAGGACAGUUGCGUUCAUCCCAUUCCAAGAUUGUUUCCAAUAAUGAAGAAAUUGCAUUUUUACGUGGUCAUGUACGAGAAUUAGAUUAUAUCGAUUAUUGUUACUACACGCUCGAACGGUUCCUCAAGGGCGAAUAUUGGAAGAAGGCUAUCCAUGAGAUUGCCCAGACUUUUAUCGUCAAGUAUUUCUGGGGUGCUGCGGGGUUAGUAUUGUGCUCUGCACCUAUCUUUAUUAACAAAUACUUGGGUGAGGAAAUCGAUCGGAACCUGGCUGGUAAUUUCAUUACCAACAGAAGAUUGUUGCUAGGUGCAUCCGAUUCACUUGACAGAUUAAUGUAUUCGCGGAAAUAUUUACUUCAAAUCAUCGGGCAUGCCAGUCGUGUUUCUGAUUUCCAAGAUACCUUGAAUGAGGUCACCUCCAGAAAGAAGUCCUCGGGCAAUGUCAAGUAUCAAAACGAUCAAAUCACAUUUGAUAGUGUACGUCUUUUGACCCCUGCCGACGUCACCUUGAUUCCUAAUUUGACAUUCUCGAUUAAAAGCGGUGAUCAUUUGUUAAUUGCCGGACCAAACGGAUCGGGUAAGUCAUCCAUGUUCAGAAUGUUGGGAGGACUCUGGCCCGUCAAGGAAGGAACGAUCACCAUUCCUACCUCCGCUGACAUGUUCUACCUUCCACAACGAGCAUACCUUUGUCUGGGAACACUUCGUGAACAAAUCAUAUACCCCCACCCACUCUCCAAACAAAAGAAAUCCACCGAAGAACUUAAGGAAAUAUUAACUUUGUUGAAGCUAGACGAGCACAUUGACGAAUUGGAUGAGGUCAAGAACUGGGACGAGGAGCUUUCCAUCGGUGCUCAGCAGAGAUUGGCCAUGGCAAGAUUAUACUAUCAUGAACCGAAAUUUGCCGUCUUGGAUGAAUGUACCUCGGCUGUUUCGCCCGACAUGGAACAGUUUAUGUAUAGGCAUGCGCAAGACUUGGGCAUUACCGUACUUUCAGUGGCUCACAGACCGGCAUUGUGGCAUUUCCACAGAUACUUGUUGAAGUUCGAUGGUAAAGGUGGAUACUAUUUCGGUAAAUUGGAUGCUGAAAAGAGAUUAAAGUACGAACAAGAACGUAUCUUGUUGGAAAAGAAUUUAAGAGAUUUGCCAGUGUUGAAAGAAAGAUUACUAGAAUUGAAGAUGGUUUCAAACGUACAACAUGAAAAGUACGGUCAUUAG